AUGCCAAAUAGCGCGUCUUCCAUGGCGACCUAUACGACGUUGAUGAGGGUCACGUCGGGUGGUCGCCCCUACUGCCAGGACCUCAACGAUUUAUUUGCAGCACUCGUAAUACAACACGGUCUUAGAGACCAUCGAUAUCGAUUUAGAACUAUUCCCAACAGCUUUGUAUUUGCAGAGGCCAUUGAAGUCCUUGGCCAUCUUCAGUUCACCCAUAUCAUCAAAGCACCCGAUCCUGCUGAUCCAUCACGCUUGAUAGCGACACGCACCACAACGACCUUUUCAAUGUCUCCAAAGAUGGGUAAAACGCUUGCUCAACAUUUUGCGACAUCUCGCUUGCUCGAAAACGCUAUCGAUCCAUCCAAUCGCGUCAUGAAAGAUAAAGCCAUUUGGCUCUUGUCGCCCAAGGGGAAAUACGUUAUCCAAGACUUCUCUCACCGAGCACGAGUCUCCAUUCAGAGCUUGCAGCCAGCAUUGACCAAGAUUGACGCCUUCAAUGUCGUUGUCCUUGAACGACUCUCCGAUCGAGACGACCGAUUAGCAUUUGCACGCCCCAACAUGACGAUCGCUUUCAAGACGAUGAUGGCGUAUCUUCCAAUGGAGUCUCUUUUGGCCGAUGAUGCUGGAGGCAUUGAAAAGAAGGAUCUUGAAGAAUUUCAAUAUGCCUUUUAUGGAUACCAGGCGUUUGAAUGGAUUAGCGAAUACACAACCGUUGUUACCCGUGAAGAAGCUGAAAUGGUCGCAUCCGAAUUUGUUUUAUAUGGGUGGAUUGCUCAAGUGAUUGAUAAAUCAGACCGCGAGAACAGCACCAAGGAUGAAUCCAUCAUGUUCAAAAUGGGUCGCAAUACCAUGUAUCAUGUCACAGGUCGUGGUCGUCAAGUUCUUGGAUGGGAUAAGCCAUAUCAAUAUGGCGAUGAUUCUGAAGAAGGUUCCCUUGCAGAUACGCAUGAAAAAGUACUCCAGCGUCAACGUGCUCUUGCAUCUCGGCUCCGACACGAUAGCAGUAGUACAAAAUCUGCACCCACUGUUCAUCCAACUCCAUCCAAAAAAACGGUUGCUUCUUCGAUUUCUUCUGGUUCUUCCUCAGCUGAAAGCGAGCCUGCUAGUGAUGAUGGUAGUUCUAAAUUACUUGAAAACGCUCUUCAAGGAGUUGAUCGUGUUGAAUUUGCAGUGCCUCAUAUGCCCGAUGACCACCAUCCCCAUUCAUCUUCGACACCCAACAGCAAUAGCGAACGGCAUUCUUCCGAUAAACCACAAAAGGAUAUUGAUGAAGUCACCGAACGAUUGCUACAAUUGAGAUCUCCUGGUGGAGUACAGAGACAACGUUCCAAUAGCGCAUCCACAUCAUCUUCAUCAAGACCUUCAAGCAUGAUCUUUAGCAACCAUGAUCACAACAUCGAUCCCAAUUCGCAUUGGGCAAAGCUACGACAAAUCCUCCAGGACCCCUUGAUCCGAAUGUAUUUCCGCGACUUUUUAAAGUCUCAGUUCUGUGAAGAAAACGUCAAUAUUUGGGUGGAUUAUUACACAAUGCGCAAGAAAGCGAAAAAGCCGAAUGUGUCGACGAAGGAAUUGUUACAGGAUGCUUACGCCAUUUAUGACACGUACCUUGCACCCAAUGCCCAUUCGGAGGUGAACAUCGAUCAUCAACUACGACAUGAGAUCAUUGCCUAUGUCAAUAGCACGUUUUCGGUGUUCAACAAUGAGACCGGAUCGGCUCCUGCAGGCUCUAUUCCUUUCGUAUCAUCAGCAUUUCAGCCUACUCAUCAGCAGCAGAUUACACUUGUUGUCAACGGCCAUGCAAGUCAUUGUCUUCGUAACAUGCUCAAGCUUUACGAUCGCGUGGAUGAUCACAUUUGUCGUAUUAUGGCUCAAGACUCAGUACCCAAGUUCAUCAAGACCGAAAAGUACCGUGAGCUCAUAGCCAAUCCUCCUCAAUCCGCUUCAGUAACUCGUCGCAAUUCUGUUGGACGACAACUUGUUGUGGAAGACGAUGACGACGAUGACCUUGAUGAUCUGUAA